AUGCAACAGAAAAAUCCUCCCCUGAAAAAACAGCGAACGUACGAAUCCGUGAACAUCGAGGAGAUGGAAGGAAAGAGGGAAGCCCCGGAAGGCUGCAACCUGGUGGCCAAGAAGGAAAACGAACAGAUAGAUGCAGAUUUGUAUUCCAGACAGUUGGGAACAUACGGUUUUGAAUUAAUGAACAAACUGAUUAAGCUUAACAUCCUCAUCGUGAAUGUAAAAAGUGUUGGCUUGGAAUGUGCAAAGAAUUUAAUUCUGUCCGGACCCAAGUCUGUGUGUAUAUACGACAAUGACCUCUGCCAAAUGUCCGACGUCGGGGCGAAUUUCUUCAUCGGUGAGGAAGACGUAUCGAACAAACUAACCCGAAGUGAUGCAGUGAUAAAGCAACUGAAGGAACUGAAUAGCUAUGUGCAUAUAUACAACCAUAAAGGAGAGUUGGAUGAGAAAUUUCUCCAAUCCUUCGAUGUGGUUGUAUGUUGUGAUUUAAGUCAUACCCAUUUGGUGAAGUACAGCAAAAUGGUCAGAAACAUUUCGCUUACUAAGAAGAUCGCUUUUCUGUGUUGUAAUAUUUAUGGCUUGUGUGGGUAUCUCUUUGUAGACUUUGGAAAAGGCUUUGUCUGUUACGAUAAGGAUGGGGAGAAUACUAAGUCUUGCAACAUUAGUAAAAUAAGCAAGGCUACUAAAGGAGUGGUCUCCUUCGACUUUGAUAAGGGGGCCCCCUUCGAAAAAGGAGACUACAUUAAAUUCACCAACGUAGAAGGAAUGACCCAAAUAAACAACAAAAUAUACAAGAUAGAAGAUAUGCAAAAAUAUACGUUUACCAUUGGGGACACGUCUCAUUUUGAGGAAUACUUGAAGGGGGGGGAGUGCACGCAGGUGAAGAGUCACCUCAGGAUGGACUUCCAGCCGUACGAUUUUGUGUGCACAAAUCCCUUAGCUUGGGAUGGGGCGGCAACAGAACAAUUGGCAACCGACUGUAUUCCAACCGUAUUCGACGAGACGAUCUACGAAGAUGUGCCCCCCCCGCAGUCCUUCCUCAUUUCCGACUACGCCAAGUGUGAUAUGAGCAACCAGCUGCAUUACGCCAUUCAGGGAUUGAAAAAUUACGAAGCGGAAAAUAACAAUGUGUUGCCACAGAAUUGGGAAGAGGAGGCCUUCGAGAAGGUGUUUCAAAUUGCGGUUCAGCUGAACGAGGCAGACAAGCAAGCGAAGAAGACGUAUGCUGUAGAGGAGGUGAAAAAGGAUGUAGUGUUGAAAGUGGCAAAAUAUUGUACAGCUCACCUUGCACCAGUAGCUUCCUUCUUUGGGGGGUUACUAGCACAGGAGGUAAUAAAAUAUACAGGCAAAUAUAUGCCCAUAUAUCAACUGCUUUAUGUGGACUUUUUCGAGUGCAUCACACUUGGCGGGGAAAAGGACACCGGUAUUAAAAACGAUGACAUCGCUAAGGAGAAUAGCAAAAACGAUAACGUCAUUACCGUGUUUGGGAAAGCCUUCCAGAAGAGACUGAACGAAUUGAAUGUAUUCCUUGUCGGAUCUGGAGCGUUAGGAUGUGAAUACGCCAAGCUGUUUUCGCUACUAGAUAUGUGCUCAGCCAAACAUAAGGGAAAACUAACCAUAACGGAUAACGAUAACAUAGAAGUGUCCAACUUGAAUAGACAGUUCCUUUUUAGAAGAGAAAAUGUGGGAAAAUCAAAAUCGCUAGUUGCAUCUGGAAUAAUAAAGGAGAAGAACCCAAACAUGGAUGUACAAUCGCUGGAGACGAAGGUUGGACCAGAGAACGAACACAUUUUUAACGAGACCUUUUGGACGAAACAACACAUGAUCGUAAAUGCUCUGGAUAACAUUCAAGCGAGACAAUACGUAGACAACAAAUGUGUUUGGUAUUCUAAACCUUUGUUCGAAUCGGGUACCUUAGGAACAAAGGGAAAUGUGCAAAUUAUUUUACCGUUCCUGACUCAGUCGUAUAACGAUAGUUAUGACCCACCUGAGGAUUCGAUCCCUCUGUGUACUCUCAAACAUUUUCCCUACGAUAUAGUGCAUACGAUUGAAUAUGCAAGGGAUAUUUUCCAGGGGCUCUUUUAUAAUACGCCUCUAAGUUUGCAGGAAUUUUUAAAGGACAAAAAGGAAUACAUAAAAAAAGUGGAAGAAGAAGGGAACAAUGCAUCGUUACUAGAGACGUUGCAAAAUGUGUUGACCACCCUGAGGGAAGUAUCCAAAGAGUGCAAUUUUAAAUUUUGCGUAAAAAAAGCAGUCGAUCUAUUCCACACCAAUUUUGUUAACCAAAUUGAGCAGCUGUUGUAUUCCUUCCCAUUGGACUACAAAUUGGCUAGUGGGGAAUUCUUUUGGGUUGGUCAGAAAAAACCUCCACAAGUAAUAUCCUUUGACCUAAGCAACGACUUUGUGAAGGAGUUUCUCUUCUCCACGUCGAACCUCUUCGCACAGGUUUAUAACAUCCCACAAUGUUAUGACUUGAAGUACAUUUUAGAUGUAGCUAGCCAAAUUGAAGUGAAACCAUUUCAGCCAAAAAGAGUAAAAGUAAAAAUGGAUGAAAAGAACCUGAACAAUAUUUCCAUCUCGUUUAUGGAUGACGAAAAAUUAAUUCACGAUUUUUGUGAAGAGCUCUUAAACAUAGACUGUCAACACGUGAAGGUUUCUCCGAUAGAGUUCGAUAAAGAUGAAGAGACCAACAUGCACGUGAAUUUUAUUUACUCUUUUGCUAAUUUGAGGGCCAUAAAUUAUAAAAUUGAGACGUGCGAUAAAUUGAAGGCUAAAAUUGUUGCGGGGAAAAUUAUUCCCGCCUUGGCCACCACCACGUCAAUCAUUACCGGCUUGGUGGGAAUGGAACUACUAAAGUAUGUGAAUUAUUGUGGAUACCUGCAGAUGUAUGUGAAGGCAACAGAGGAGGAGAAGAAACAAAUGAAGGACCUACUGUCAUAUUUUAAAAACGCCUUUAUUAACACUGCUCUUCCGUUGAUCCUCUUCUCUGAACCCAUGCCACCAAUAAAGAUGCGCGACAAGGAGUAUGACGAACUUAUGAAGGGUCCCAUAAAGGCCAUCCCCAACGGAUUCACCUCCUGGGAUAAAAUAGAAAUACACAUAGUGAACGGAACUAUCAAGAACCUCAUCGACCACAUAAACGACCAGUACAACAUCGAAGUGAAUCUGAUCUCCGUGGGAAACGCCUGCCUGUAUAACUGUUACCUGCCGGCACACAACAAGGAGCGCCUCAACAAACCAAUCCAUACAAUCUACUCUGAGAUCACCAAACAGAAGCUGCUCGACGAUAAGAACUACAUCGUCGUGGAGGCCAGCUGUAGUGACCAGGACCUCGUGGAUGUCCUCAUACCAUCCAUUAAGUUUAUCUACAAGUGA